UUGUCUAGGCUGGUCCUGACCUACUCACCCCACCUUCAAUUGUCUAUGUACAAAGAAGGCUAUUUAUAAGCCGACACCCUCCAAAACAACGAAUUAACAAACGAGCUCCCCUGUUUCUUUAUCGAUCGUCUUAUCAUCCCCCCUCGCAUCAUCUUAGUAGCUAAGAACCUUAAUUAUAAAUUGAAAACACCUCCGACAAUUACCCAUGUACGCCCAAAAAUUUCAAGAAAUCUCCAAAAAUAGCGAAAUGUCUCACGAAUGGGAGGGUGAACGGACUUGUUCCGCUAUGCGAAGGGCGCUCGAUUUAUUCGUCAUGUCCAACGACAUCAUCGACCUAAACAGCGACAUUGAUCAUGGCGAAACAACGAAUUCUAUUGUUCUCGCUGCAAGGUAAUAGAUUUUCAAAAUUUGUCUCUAUUAAAAUUUUCAAACUUAAUUUCCAGAUAUGGCGGACUCAACGUCAUUGGGUACGCUGAAGCAUGCGCCACUUGCAUAGACGAUUGCGCCAGCUGCGUCUGUAGUGCCGGAGAUGUUGCGCAUGACUGGACAUCCGAUAUGGUUCAGGGCAUCUUGGUUUUCUUCAUGUUGAAACAUCGUUACAUGGGCGUAACUCAAAUGGCGGAAAUGAGACACUUUACCGUCCAAAAGUACAAAAAUCUUACAGAUUCGUACAACCAUGCUGCCUUCACUUCUGGGAGGAUGGCCACUUUUCACAGUAACGUCGCCUCUCUUCAUGACGACGAUUGGAAACCGCUCUAUGACUUGGUCAAUAUCCCGAAUUAUUCAGGGUUCGGUGAGUGUCAGCACUGUCAGAUUAUUGGGACUUGGCUGCUCAACCGGUGUGCCCACCGAGAUCGGAGAGAUCUUGUCGAAAAAGAGGUUCGGGAAUUUGUUAAGGAGCGUAUCCAUCUAAAUUCUGCUUUGGAAAUGAAAGGAUUUUGGGGAGAUUUAAUUGUUCUCUUGGCCGGAGAUAAAUUUGGGUAUGAAAUCGUCGCCAAAUGUUCUCAGGUGGUAAACUGCAUUUGGGAAUUGCUGCGGGAUGCUGUCGACAACGGGAUGGUCGACGUAGAGGACAUUAGACAGCGGGGUAUUAAUGGGUACAUUGAGCUUAUUGAGCUCGGGAGAAAAACUCGUGCCAUUUCUGAGGGCCACAUCCUGGGGCGGGCGAUGGUGGGGUCCCUCACCUUGAUGGCUGAUCGGACAGAUGUUUCCGUUUUUCAACGGAUUUUGGACGCAGUGCUGGAACACUGGGAGAAAGUUGUGGGGAUUUAGAAUUUGACUGUGUCAAGUUUAAAAUUCCAUGCACAAAUUGAUCUUUUAUCAUUAUGCUGUGCAUAAUUUCAUGAUUUGAAUGAUUUCAUCUGAUUACAAUGAUCAUGCAUGUUCAUUAUGAUUUCGUAUCUUCAAAUUCGCAACAUAAUUUUGAAAAUAAUUUUGCGAAAUAAAUAUCUAGAUGUGCAGGUU